AUGCACGGAGUACACCUUCCUCCAGAGACGUUUGAUGCAGACGACUCUGCCAUUAAAGUCGUGGUCGUAGGUGAUGGAAGCGUUGGAAAAACAUGCAUGUUGAUGAGCUAUACGAGCAACCAGUUCCCGACAGACUACGUGCCGACAAUCUUCGAUAACUAUAGCGCCGUGGUGCUCUGUAACGGGCAAGAGGUACCUAUUGAGCUGUGGGAUACAGCUGGUCAAGAAGACUAUAAGAGGCUGCGAGCGCUCUCGUACUGGAACGCUGACGUUUUCAUCCUGGCGUUCUCGCUGGUAGCGCCCGCGAGUUUCGAGAACGUGGCCGUGAAGUGGGUCCCUGAUCUGCGUGCCUCGAACCCUGAGACGCCCAUCAUUCUAGUGGGCACGAAACUCGAUCUAAGAGAAAGCUAUCCGGUGGUGAAAGAGCUGGAAGCACGAGGGGAAACCGCAAUCACGGCGGACAUGGGUCGACGCCUAGCCACUGAGAUCGGCGCGAUCCAGUAUCUCGAGUGUUCCGCCCUGACGCAGGUCGGACUCAAGGCCGUCUUUGACGCAGCUAUUCUGGCGGGUCUGAAGGCGCGGCGGGAGCGGCCCAAGAGCGACCAAGCCGGACCGAAGGCAACCGAGCUGCCGAAACGUUCGCCGCACGCGAGUGCAGGGCACCGUCCGACGGACUCCGGGAAUGAGUCACGUCGGGUAGCGAAACACGAACCGCAUGACCAACGCAAAGACGCGUGUUGUAGCGUCCAGUGA